AUGGCUCACAAUCCCUUGGUUAGGUCUACUAGCCGACUCUAUGGCACCUCAGGUGUCGUCUGUGCUGGCUGCACUGGACCAGACACUGACUGCUCGGAUCCUCUAUGCGGUCCAUCCAGUGAACUCACAUCGCAAUGCACCGACCAAUGUGUAGUCAUUGCAUGCAGCGACCCCAAUCACGAAGAAUCAAUCUGCGACAGAGAUGGUGCUCAUACGCACUGCGACCUCAUUUGCGACGAGGAUGUCGAAUGCACUGAUUGCCAUGGCUUUGAUGCCUUUCUGCGAUGCUGCGAUGAUUACCAUCCAUACCAACAGGAGCCUCCACGGUUUCAGCCUCAAGUCGCUUCCACUACCCCUGCCAUUAUAUGGGAUUCGACCUUUGAGAAUCUGAGCAUAUGGUGUGGCCAUCAUAUGGUUGACAUGGCCAAACCUAUGGCGCACGAUCGGCAAAUAGAUUCAUAUGCACCUCCCGAGCCCGAAAAUUCUGGUGCAAAAAGUUUAAAUUCUUUUGAACCUAGAGCUCCAUACGCAUCCGAGCAGAGCACUUUCCAACCCGAAUCGUUUUCAGGCUCGCCUCCACCUCAAGAUCUGGUAAAUUGCUUGUGGGACUCUUGUCAGGACACCUUCUCAUCCAUAUCGGAACUGGCAGGGCAUGUUAAUACCCAUAUUCCCACACUUCAGGAUAAUUCCUGGAACCAAACCUUUAACCAGACAAUGUCUCAGAAUCAAUUACCGUGUCUGUGGGCGGAGUGCGAUAGUUCGUAUCAUUUGUCUCCCAACGACAUUGAAUUGCUUGCCAGUCAUGUACUAAACGACCAUAUUGGGGUCUCCUUCCCAUCCCGCCUCAGGCCUUCGUCAAGUCGCCUGCCAUCCCCGUACCCCCCACCUUCUUCGGUUCCUCAAACAAUGCUGAAUCCCAAAACUGAGAACAUAAGGUUAGCAAAAUCAAAAUCACCCUCACCGGCGUCAACUGUGGCUUCAACGACUCAGCACUCUUGCAACGACAUACACGAAUGUCGAUGGAAAAAUUGUGGAGAAAUAUUCGGCUCUUGCGACGACCUAACGGCACACAUCACAUCAGUUCACAUAGGAGGUGGAAAGGCACAUUAUGAAUGCUUUUGGGACCAGUGUACGAGGAACGGAAGCCAUGGCUUUCAGAGUAAACAAAAAAUCUGCCGGCACGUUCAGUCUCACACAGGUCACCGACCUUUUCAAUGCACGAUAUGCCAACAAAAUUUCUCUGAAGCAGCCACGCUUCAACAGCACAUCAGACGACAUACGCAAGAAAAACCUUACGUUUGCGACCACCCUGGUUGUGGUAAAUCAUUUGCUAUCACGGGUGCUCUGACAAUUCAUAAACGGACGCACAAUGGGGAUAAACCUUUCAAAUGUACUUUCUGCGAUCGAGGAUUCGCAGAAUCAUCAAACCUCUCUAAACAUCUUCGGACCCAUACAGGAGCGAGACCCUAUACGUGUAUGGAACCAGGCUGCAAUAAAUCUUUUGCUCGGCCAGAUCAGCUCAAUCGACAUAAAGGCGUGCAUAGAAAACAGUUGAGAGGCAUCAUUCAAACAACUUUAGAAUAG